CACUCAGCGCUUGCUUAUGCAGAGACGGAGAGUGAGUGUGAGUGACACGCAAGGAACUUGAUAAAGGUUGUCCUUUUCCUAGUUUCUCUAUGUCUCCGUCACGUAUAAGCAACGCUUAUAUCUCAGUUGUUAGAAGAUUGGAAGAAAAUCGUUAUUGCCCAUCAGGUGUUUGUGAAAAUGUCUGAUCCAAUUUAUAUCACUUGAUAGAAUAUUUUGGGGAAAGAUGGAAGUUUUAAGACAAAUUAUUCAGAGUUUCCGGUUUCUAUCUGGUUUUGGAGUUGAUCACAGAGUUCUUUCGGAUGUCCUCAAAGCCUGCGCUUCAGUUUCUGAGCUCAGGUCAGGGAGAGCUCUACACGGCUGCGUGGCAAAGCUUGGUCAUUUGGGGUGCAACGAGGUUUCCAAGUCGGUUCUCAACAUGUAUGCGAAAUGCAGGAGAAUGGAUGAUUGCCAGAAGAUGUUCAGGCAAAUGAACAGUGUUGAUCCCGUUGUUUGGAACAUUGUUCUCACUGGACUUUCUCAUUCUUGUGCUCAUGAGACGAUGAGGUUCUUCAAAGGAAUGCUCUUUGAAGAUGAGCCUAGGCCUAGCUCUGUUACCUUUGCGAUUGUUCUUCCUGUGUGUGUUCGCCUUGGGAAGGCUGCAUACAAUGGGAAGGUUUUGCAUUCUUAUAUUAUCAAGAUUGGUUUGGAGAAAGAUACGCUUGUGGGCAACGCUCUCGUUUCCAUGUAUGCUAAAUCCGGUUUUGUUCUCCCUGAUGCCUAUGCUGCGUUUGAUAGUAUAGCUGACAAAGACGUUGUCUCGUGGAAUGCGUUUAUUGCUGGGUUCUCUGAGAACAAUAUGAAGGUUAAUGCGCUUAGAUUGUUUUCUACGAUGCUUAAGGAGUCUGUAGAGCCGAAUUAUGCAACGAUUGCGAAUAUUUUGCCGGUUUGUGCUUCUAUGGAUAAGAGCAUUGCGUAUGGAAGUGGUAGGCAGAUUCAUGGUUAUGUUGUGCAGAGGUCUUGGUUGCAGAGUCACGUUAACGUGUGCAAUUCUCUUGUGAGUUUUUAUUUGAGAGUUAGAAGGAUAGGAGAAGCAGCCUCAUUGUUUACGACGAUGGGUUCCAGAGAUCUGGUGUCAUGGAACGUUGUCAUAGCUGGUUAUGCAUCAAACUGUGAGUGGUCUAAAGCUUUGCAGUUAUUUCGAAAGUUGGUGCAUAAGGGGGACGUUUCUCCUGAUUCGGUAACCAUCGUCAGCAUCCUACCUGUCUGUGCGCAGUUAACUAACUUGACCAUUGGCAAAGAGAUCCAUAGUUAUGUUUUGCGACGUGCUUACCUCUUGGGGGAUACAUCAGUUGGGAAUACUCUCAUUAGUUUCUAUGCGAGAUUUGGUGACACAUGUGCAGCAUAUUGGGUCUUUUCACUGAUAUCUAAAAAGGACAUUAUAUCUUGGAAUGCUAUACUUGAUGCCUAUGCAGACAGUCCAAGACAUUCUCAGUUUAUGAACCUCUUGCACCACUUAUUUGAUGAAGCAAUCAUUCCUGACUCUGUUACUAUUUUAAGCAUAGUCAAAUUCUGCACAAAUGUACUGGGAGUUGGUAAAGUAAAAGAAGUUCAUGGGUACUCAGUUAAAGCGGGUCUUUUAAACGAUGAAGACGAACCCAUGCUGAGCAACGCGUUGCUUGAUGCAUAUGCCAAAUGUGGUAACGUAGAAUACGCUCAAAGGAUUUUUCAGGGCUUAUCAAAGAAGAGAACCUUGGUUACAUAUAACUCAAUGUUAUCAGGAUACGUUAACAGUGGAAGUCAGGAUGAUGCUCAGCUUCUGUUCAGGGAGAUGUCUACUACUGAUCUCACCACUUGGAGUUUGAUGGUUCGUAUCUACGCUGAAAGUUGCUGUCCUAGUGAAGCCAUUGAUGUUUUCCGUGAGAUACAAGCUCGAGGGAUGAGGCCUAACACUGUGACUAUCAUGAAUCUCCUUCCUGUUUGUGCGCAGAUAGCAUCUCUGCAUCUAGUAAGACAAUGCCAUGGAUAUAUUAUUAGAGGCGGACUUGGUGAUAUCCGCCUGAAGGGGACUCUAUUAGAUGUAUAUGCAAAAUGUGGCAGCUUGAAGAAUUCGUACUCUGUUUUCCAGUUAGAAGCUCAUAAAGAUCUGGUUAUGUUCACUUCUAUGAUUGCUGGGUAUGCUGUACAUGGUAUGGGUAAGGAAGCACUUCUGAUCUACUCUCGUAUGAUGGACUUGGGCAUUAAGCCGGAUCACGUUUUCAUAACUACUCUGUUGACUGCAUGCUGCCAUGCUGGAUUAAUACAGGAUGGAUUGCAAAUAUUUGACUCAAUAAGGACGGUUUAUGGGUUGAAACCUACAAUGGAACAGUAUGCUUCUGUUGUUGAUCUACUUGCUCGAGGGGGUCGACUUGAUGAUGCAUAUUCGUUCGUCACAGAGAUGCCAGUUGAACCUAAUGAAAAUAUUUGGGGAACACUGUUAAGGGCGUGUAUAACGUAUAAUAGGAUGGAUAUGGGGCGGUUAGCUGCGAAUCAUCUUUUGCAAGCUGAAUCUGAAGACAUUGGGAACUACGUUCUGAUCUCGAACAUGUAUGCAGCAGAUGGUAAGUGGGAAGGCGUGAAGGAGUUGAGAAAGCUAAUGAAGAAAAAGGAAAUGAAAAAGCCAGCAGGUUGUAGCUGGCUGGAUGUGGAUGGGAAAAUGAAUGUCUUUAUGUCCGGAGAUUCUUCUCACCCUGGGAGAAACAGUAUGUUCGAUGUACUAAAUGCUUUAGUUGUUCAGAUGAAAGAGCCUGUGGCGUUUUAACCGAUGAAGAAAGAAAAAGCAUUGCAGAAAUGUU